AUGGCGGAUCAGGAGAAACUACCACCCGGGUGGGAGAAGCGGAUGAGCCGCAGCUCCGGACGUGUCUAUUAUUUCAACCACAUGACUAAUGCCAGCCAAUGGGAGCGACCUACUGCAGGUGGGAAGAAUGGGCAAGGUGAACCAACCAAAGUGCGAUGUUCUCACUUGUUGGUAAAGCAUAACCAGUCCAGGCGUCCUUCAUCGUGGCGGCAAGAGAGAAUCACACGCACCAAAGAGGAGGCCUUAGAACUUAUUAAUGGUUAUAUACAGAAAAUCAAAUCUGGUGAUGAGGAUUUUGAAGCUCUAGCCUCUCAGUUCAGUGAUUGCAGUUCUGCCAAAGCUGGAGGGGAUUUGGGAGCAUUUGCUAGAGGGGCCAUGCAGAAACCAUUUGAAGACGCUUCCUUUGCUAUGCGACCAGGAGAAAUGAGUGGUCCAGUGUUCACGGAUUCUGGCAUCCAUAUUAUACUCCGCACAGAGUGA